AUGCGUGCCACCUGGUUGGCAUGUCUGGCUGUUGCUGGUCUUGCUGGAGGAGCAUCCUCAGCCAUGUUGCCGCAGGACUGGUCCACCGGUAACCCCAGAAUUGGGCAUGAGACAGCAGUAACAACUGAUGUCCGUUAUCCAAACCCGCACAUGACAAAAGCAGCGUUCGCUCCCUUUCAGAAUGCUACCAUCCUUACCCAGGCUGCAAUAAAUGCUCCAAUUCUAACUACCACUGCGGUUGAUGAACCAACGCUCCCGGCAACCAGUUUCGUGUCCUAUACAAAAACGCUCUCGUUGGUUAAUAAUUCUCCACUUGCUGCAGGAAACGCUGUAGAUCAUGGUGAAUCUACGGGCUUGAUAUCUAAGGCUGUGAAGGAAAGUUGCCUGUAUUCAAACACUGUCGCCACUAAUAUUAAGGAAGACGCUACCGUCACAGAAAUCGUUACUGUUACAAAGGUCAUAACUACUACGGAAGUAGCCUUGGGUACUACGGAAUCCAUCAUAACAGCCACAUCUCCCACUAAACAGCCAACCUUGCCAUCUUCCGCUGUCAGCGAACCAAGCCCCACAGCCGGAUCUAUCAUACGUAUCCCCACGUUUAUGAAAGCUCAGAUAAUGAAAGCUGGAACGGCAUCCCACUUAAUUGGGCCUGGCCUAAGCGGAUGGAACGCUUCCACAUUUGUCACCAUAUCGACCAGGGAGGCCUUCAAAGCUGACUCGCUCAGAUAUGAAGUUAAACACGUGGCAACAGCGGUCCCAGCCCUCUCUAUGCAUCCACAAGUGUAUGAGCGACAGGUUGGAGACGUAGUAACUGCAACCAUAAACGGUAAGGUGGUAUCAUGGAAGAACGAAUGGAUUGGGCAGCAGCUGUCUUCGCCAACUUCAAUCAAAACAAAUACUUCAAUUCUCAUCUCUGAUACGCCUAUCCAUAAACCUACAAAGACAGGCCAAAUGGUUCGAACACAUACAAGUGCUGCUGGUGCUGCACCUUCGUGCGGAGAGAUUGGGUUCUUCAAAAUAACCUUUGAUGACCUUCCAAUAUACUCGCCUGGCAAACACCAGAAGGCUCUGUUCCCACCCAUCUUUAGCCCAUACCACCAUUUCUUCUUCUCCAGCGGUUGGUCAUACGGCCCUCCUCCAGCAGAACCAUUCGCACCGGUAUCAAACCCUCAUAUUGAAUCCGGCACCGAAGUCCCUGCUGCGGUCUCGAAAUUCACGAUUCCUCCCUGUAUCGGAUCCAAGCACUGCACUUUAACUGAGGUCCUCUUUGGGGAUGGAUUCAGCGGAUUGUCAGGCAUUGAGAUCGAUGCACAAGUAGCUGGUAAAGCUGUGAUGUGGUAUAUCGACGACAUCCAGCUACGAUGGUAUGAUGAUACAUGUGCUGCUGGGAUCAAACUUAUGCUUAAAAAGGGCCCCACACCACGAGUCGUCGCCGCAAAACCACGAGAUGGUUCUACAUACUAUGUAGUAGAGAUAAUAUCCGUGUCAACACGGAAGACACAAAGCUCAUACGACCAGAGCUAUCACUCCUUCCACGGAAGCUGA